GUUAAAAAAAACAUUAAAAAAAGAAUCAGCUGUCAAACUUCGUGAAGUUCCGAUCGAUUCGGGUGAAUUUAUCAUUACGUCUAAUAUUAUGAAAUAAAGUAUGUAAUAUAAUUUAAAAGGCGCUUACUAUUGCUUUCUAUUAAAUUGGAGUUGACAUGGAUCAGGCUAAUACGGAAGAGUUGAUCUCGAAAUUAAUUUCCGGCACACAUGAAGAAUUUUGUAAAAAUAUUGUUGUGUUUCUAGAGAUUUAUGAUAAAAAGACGAAUUUUGAAGAGUUGAAUAGUACCUGUUUACGAGAGAAACUAUGGAAGAGAUUAUUUUAUUAUCUAACAGAUUACGUUCAUGUAGAUCAACAUCAUCAUUGUUUAGCUGCUUUGAGGAUACUUAGGUAAUUUACUUAUGUUAUGUAUUUCUGUAAUAAUUAUAAAAGUAUAAUAUUUCUCAAUAAUAAAAGAUCAAUAAUAAAAUUAUUCAAAGUAAUUAAAUUUAAUAUAAUUAUAAUAGAAUCACUGAAGUUGCUGUGUAAUUUAUUAUUUAAUAGUAUAAAAGUGCAACAGUCGCAAGUAUUAAUCUCUUCUUUGCCUUACCUCAUCGAUCGAAUUAAAAAUUAUAUGACACAUGAUUCCUAUGAUGUCAAAUUAUUUGACGUGAGAAUAUUGUUUUUACUGACUGCACUAAAUACAUCUACGAGGGACAUAAUCAAAACUGAUUUAUAUGGUGAUGUAUAUCUUAUUAAAAUAAUAGAGGAAUUUGCAGCUCAAAAUCAAAAUAGCGAGACUGAAGAGACAGCAAGAGAGAUAACAAUAGUCUGUGAAGUUUUAAAAGUUCUAUUUAAUUUAUAUAUACAUUCUGAUGAUAUCGGAGUUGUGGACCAAGAAAAAUAUAAGAAUUUGGUGUUAAUUUUGUAUAAAUUGUUAACUCUUAAAUAUUCAGUGCAACAAGAUGACCUUGAAAGCCAUAUCGUCAAUUUGUUGACUGUGAUACCGUUUAGUUGUUAUACAUCAAUUAUACAAACCAACAGCAAAAAUUGCAAAGAUGUAUACCAAAACAUGGAUAUGAGCGCUAUAUGCGUUUUACUUAGAUUUUUAGAUAAAAGAUUAGAAUGUAAAACACAUUUACUAGAAAAUUUCUCUCCAAUAAUUACUGCAUUGGUUAGACUUGUCAAAUCAGAGAGGCUUGUUCGCAAAUACAUAAGACUGCAGAUUUUACCUCCAUUAAAGGAUGUGAUGAAUCGUCCUGAAGAAGGGACGACAUUAAGGGCUAAGUUAUGCAAGUUACUAACGUCGCCUAUCACAGAGUUACGUGAUCUAGUUGCAGAACUUUUGUUUGUUCUUUGUAAAGAAAAUGUUAGCCGUAUGGUGAAAUAUACAGGAUAUGGAAAUGCGGCGGGAAUGUUUGCCACUAAAGGAUUAUUAGGGCGUAACCAAGCGGAAACAGCUUAUUCUUCUGAAUCGGAAGAUAGCGAAACGGAAGAAUAUCAAAAAUAUAAAGAACGAAUAAACCCAGUAACUGGAUGUUUCGAGCAUUCCAAACCAAAUCCGCUUGAAGGCAUGACAGAGGAACAAAAGGAAUACGAAGCUUUAAAAUUAGUAAAUCUGGUUAAUAAAUUAACAAAGGAAGGAGUCGUGCGUCCUUGCCGCAUCGGCGAUGAUGGGAAACCAGAACCGAUAGAACAUGUUCUUGAAUUGCAGAACGAAUUACCGAAACAGCAGUUUGGCAGAAAGGACUCAGACUCCGAAUAAAUAUGUUAUAUAUCUCCAAAAUAGGACAAUCUGUAUAUGUAUAGAUGUAUCUGUCCGAAUAAAGAUAUUUAAGUCGAAAA